ACGACCCUCCGUUCUUCACCUCCACUAACGCCCUCCUUCCCCUUCCCCUUCCCCUUCACUUCUCUCUCUCUCUCUCUUCUCUCUCUCUUUCUCUCUCUACUGAAGCUGAAGAAGAAGAAGAAGCAGAAGAGAGAGAAAGAGAAAGAGAGCGCCGGCCGAAGCCGAAGGUUCUUCCGACAGGCGGCGUCCAUGGUGGAAUUCGGGGACGAGCUGGUGGUCCAGAGCUUGAGGAUCCCGUGGCUGAUUUGGAUCCAGCUCCUCGUCAUGCUCCUCCUCCUCCUCCUCCUCUGCUCCCUCACCUCCUCCCCCUCCGACGACCCUUCCUCCGCCGCCGCCGCCGCCGCCGACGCUCCCUCUUCCUCCUCGUCGACGCCGGCGUCGUCUCGCCUCCCUCCCGUGGAGCCGCGCGGAUCUCCUCCUCCUCCUUCUCCUCCUCGCGCCCGCAAGCAGCAGUUCGUCGUCCACGGCGCUCACCAGGUCAGCGAAAGCCAGAGCGUCAAAGGCUUCAUCGCGAUGAGCGCGAGCAGAAGAGUAGCUGUUGAAGAAGAUGAAAUCGAAGGGGAUAACUCGAGUCAUGGCUACAUGGAUCAUCACCCUUGCUCCAUAGUUAGGCUAGCGAGGAUGGCGUUCCUCAAGUGCUUAGGAUUGGAUUUCACUUCAGAGAAUUCUUCCUUUAAAAGACACAGCAGAUGAUGUUGCGUUGGUUGUUGAGUUUUGAUGUCUGUUAACUCAUUGUCCAGGACCAUCUGGACCGUCGCCGACCGCGUGUACAUGAGACUGUAGAUUUGUAAUCAUCACGAAAUUAGUUGUGAUACUAGCUUUUAUCUGUUCAAUGGAUAUUGUAUAUAAGAUGAAUGCAUUGACUAAGGUCCAUGCUUGGGGGAUUU